UUAGUUACUGACAUCGGAUCGGAGCCGACCAAGUAAAUAACCCGAACUCUAAUACCAACUGCACCAAUUGCUAUCGGGGCCGGCGGCGGUUUCUUCUCGCAUUCCUAGGUUGCAGGGUUUUGGGAUCAGACGAGCAAUGGACGAGCAGGGCUCCGAUAACAUAAAGAAGUGGAUUGUGGUGUAUCCGGUCUACAUAAACUCCAAGAAGACCAUCGCCGAUGGAAGAAGAAUCGGUGCUCUGAAGGCUUGCGAGAAUCCCACUUGUAUUGAGAUUGCUGAUUGCUGCAAGCACCUCAGUCUCCGCUGUGCAAUAGAGCUUGAUAAAGCGUAUCCACGGGAUUUCAUGCAAAGAGGGAGGGUGAGAGUGUUGCUGAAAAGGGAAGAUGGAACGCCCUACAAUCCUUCAAUUCCUACCAGAAAAGAACUAAUGCUCCGUGUAGCUGAGCUGGUUCCUCGGCAUCCAGGACGAACCAGGAAGCAGGAACCUGCAUCUACAUCAAGCUCUGGAGCAUCCAAGUCUGAAAAGGGUAGAAAGAAGAAGAGGUAG